UAAAUCUCAAACGUUCAGAAACCCAUUCCUCCUCUGUGGACAGACCAUUCUAUCGUUGUUAUUUGGAUGUUAUGGAUAGAAACAGUACUUACUCUCCAAUCACAUGGCCACCAAAGUUUUGGGAGCAGAUAACAAUAGCCUUCACAGUGUCCAUGGUGGUUGGACUGGUGAUUGGAGGGAUCAUCUGGGCGUUGUUCACUUGCUUGUCCCGCCGCAGAGCUAGCGCCCACAUUUCCCAGGGGAGCUCCUCAGCCUUCAGCCGUCGGUCCAGACCCUCAUCCCACAGCCAAACUACCGGCAGGACUGGAUUUUACCGCAACAGCAGCUGCGAACGUCGGAGCAACCUCAGCUUGGCCAGCCUCACCUUCCAACGGCAAGCCUCCUUGGAGCAAGCCAACUCUUUCCCCAGGAAGUCAAGCUUCCGCGCGUCCACCUUCCACCCUUUCCUGCAGUGUCCUCCCCUCCCUGUGGAGACGAACAGUCAGCUGAUCACCCUCACUCCCACAAAUACCACAACAACCCUUGUGGGAAGCACCACCAACAGCUUAAGUCGACCUGAGUUCCACUGGUCUAACAACAGCCUCCGCAUCUGCCACUCCACACAAACCCCCCCUCCUGCCUACGAAACGAUCAUAAAAGCUUUCCCAGACUCCUGAGCUAGGCCCUUGCUGCAAGCAUGUACGUGCAUUUUAUGAGGAACCUCAGUCAUCUCAACAAUUUUCUGUGCAUGAUGAAGAUCUCUGAGAAGCCUCUGGCUGCCAUUGAGGAGGGGACAUACUUUUCAAGAGGCGGGUAGUGGCGAUUUCUUAGAGCGCAAUAUCCUGCUGUCCAAGGGGUCACUUCUGUUUGCACUGCUGGCUUUAAUUUACUGCUCUGCCACAUGCUUGAGUAUUUAUAGUGUUGUAUUUUUAAUUGUAGCCAUUGUAUUUUUACUUUAGAGGAAAGAAAAUACUGCCACAUAAAAACCAGAUCAUUUCUUGAAGAAACAGAUCAUAUUAAGGAUUACCAAUGUACAAAUUUCUGCAAAUUUCACUAUCCUGUUUCUUUUUUUU